AUGUUGUGGGCAACAAGGAGCUCCCUGUGGGACGUCGGAGGCCGUAGACGAGAGGUUGAACCGGAGCUGUGGUCGUAUGAAGGGCAGGUCGAACCUGCUGCUGUUGGGUUUCGUUGUGGCUAUCCGCCGCCGCCGGUAGUCAUGGUUGUGGCCAUUUGGGUUGUUACUGCCAUCAUUACACGCCACCAGGUGGGUGACCGAGCUUAUCUCGCAAGCGGAGGAGUGUUUGUGUGCGUGUGUUUCACGUGUAAGGGCUGUGAGAUCGUUCCUUGGCCGGAGAUUCGAGGAAAACCCCGCUGCCGCCAUGCACCACCGUAG